AUACAGCACGCUUCCCUGUCCCUGUUCCGCGGUUCGCUCCUUUUUCUUCCGUCUUGCACCCAGCCCUAACCCUAAUCGUCUGGAAGCUCUGCCAAUGGCGUACCGUUCCCCUGAUCGAGAAUCAGGAUCCGAACCGCAAACCCCAACGCGCCUUUAUAAUCCUUACAAGGACCUCGAAGUGCCCAUUCGAAACCUAUACCAGCUUCCAACGUCCCCUGAGUAUCUCUUCGUCGAGGAGGCUCGCCGUAAGCGUCGAUCCUGGGGUGAAAAUCUCACCUUUUACACUGGCUGCGGCUACCUUGCGGGCGCCGUUGGUGGUGCCGGCGUUGGCCUCGUCGAUGGGGUGAAAUCUUUUGAAUCCGGCGACACCACGAAGCUGCGGAUAAAUCGUGUCCUUAACGCUUCUGGUCAUUCUGGUCGGUCUUGGGGUAACCGAGUUGGUAUUAUUGGAUUGUUAUUUGCCGGUAUCGAGAGCGGAAUAGUGGCUUUGAGGGACACUGAUGAUGCGUGGAAUAGUGUGGCGGCGGGGCUCGGUACUGGUGCAUUAUAUCGUGCUGCGAGAGGGGUGAGAUCAGCGGCGGUGGCGGGAGCUGUAGGCGGAGUUCUAGUCGGUGUGGCUGUUACUGCUAAGCAGGCGUUGAAACGAUAUGUGCCAAUUUGAGAAGCAGAAAUUUGCUAUGAGAGCCUGUUUAGAUUAUUUUCCAAUGACAAAACAUUUGAGUGUUUGACACCGCACAAAGGAACAGAGACAAGGAAAGGUUACACUGUUAUUGGUUACUGCGUCCAAAUUUAUGGAGAUUAGCUUGCGCAUAGUUCCUGUAAGUGGAUUUUCUUUUCUGUUAAGCGGUUUCU